AUAAAAGUGUUUGUGAUUAAUUGAUUUUGACUUUAUUAUUUAUGAUUGUGUUCAUAUUUCCUUUUUAAUUCUUUCUUUUCAUGCACAAGGAUCCCAAGUCUUUAUUACUUGUAUGUGUUGUAGUAAAAAUUAUUGCAUGACGUAUGAGGUAUCACGUAAUUUUGUGCAGUUUUUAAUCAUCGUGAUAUCUUAAUCUUAUGGGUGAAAAGUAUGACUACGGAUCCUUGGUUUAGCUCUAUGCUUUUCUUUAGAUAGCAGAUUUCAUUUGUUCUUGCGUCAUUUUCUUAUUUUAAUCAGAUUAUUGAUAUAAAUACUUUGAUUUUAAAAAGAUUUGAUUUAUUACUGUUGGCUUUGAUGAUUAUUUAUUCUUUAAUUCACGUAUCAGAUAUUUUGUAGGGAGUUAGAGCUGCAGUCAAUAGCCUAGUGGAUUAAUUGUACCUCCUAUCCCUGAAUAUGUUUCUGCCAGCUACAAUAUUUUACGGCAUUCAAAAGUUUGCUGAAAAUUAUCUUGAGACCAAAAUGUGGUCUGAAGAGGCUCUACGUUGCUAUAGAAUGUACAGUUAUAAAAGUUCAUAUUGCAUCUUUUUAUGUCCGUGCAUAUUCUGUUAAAGGUAUACUGAUCUAACAGCAUGAAUUGAUGUUGGUAAAGAGUUUUCUUAAAUUGGAGGAAGAAGAGCAAUUUUGACAGAUAAAAGUUUGUUUACAAAUGGAUUGAACAUUUCUUGUCUGGGUAAGAAGAAUUUGAAGAUGACUCACAAAGGAAGGGUAUCAGCAUUGUAGAAAUAGGUCAGAUAACAUAAGUACUGGAAAUUCCAUAGGUGUCAUUAUGUAGCAUCUUCAAAUAUAGAAUGGACUUAGGGAAGAUUUCUGUCCAGUGGGUCCCAGUACUGUUAUGUGAGAUCAGUUGGUGAUAAGAGCCAAUUUGCUGGAACAGUGUAUAAGAAUACUGGUCAAUGGUUAAACAGUGAUUAUCACUUUGAUCCUUAAAGGUAUCAAAACAAUGGCUUUCAUUGGAGUCAACGGACCUAUGAAAUGCAGAGUGGAUAGAACUAGCAGAGUUUAUGACAGCAGACUUGAAGGAGUAAUACCUCUUAUUUAUAGGCAUCCUAUAGGAGUCAGCUGUAACCUGAGUGUGAUUACUAGACAACGUUAAGAAAAUUGUGUGGUGUGUAGUGGGAAUGAUGGGAAGGUACCACAAUUAAGUUCUGGGAUAUCAACAAGACAAGAUAUCAACAAGACAACAGACAACAAGCCCCAUUCAUAUCUUUUCAGAGCAAUAUUUUAUGAAUUUUGUUAAGAUGUAAUUCACCCACCUUAAAGGCCAAAUCUGGCUCCUUAUUUUGUUUGUUUUCUUCAAUGUUUUUGAAUACACCCUGUGUAUUAAAUGAAGUUAGUUGAAUAGUUAUUCAUUGCAUUGUUUUCUCUGUUUUACUGAUGUUAAUCCAAGGCAAUAUCAAGCAUAUACCUUAUCUGUUAGACACAACUUUAAACUUCUAAUGAUGUAAGGAAAUGCUUUUGAGUUGCCAGAUAUUACUGGCAGAAUGGUUGUUGAUGAAAGUCAAGGCUUGAGUGCUUGUAACUUCAUAUCUUCAUAUUAAGUCUUUUAUGCACAAUAUGCUAAAUUGCCUCAUAAGCCACAUUCAUCUUCCAGAGCCUAGUUAGCAAUUAGUCCUGUACAAUGCUACCCACGUAAUCGUAUUAAGUAUCUUCACGUACUUAAUGUGAUGUAUUCCCUUGUAUAAGGUUGUUAAGAAUCAAGCUACCUAAAAUGUUGAACUUAUAUCACAAAUGGUCAAAGACAAGAGCAGUAUGUUGUUUCUUUGUGAAGCUUAUUUAUAAUUUUGUUUUGUUUGAAAUAUAUACUACAGGUGACUCCAAAUGUAGAUCAAAAUAGGCAGCAAACUAUGGUUUGUAAAUUAUACGUAUAUAUAUACAUAACUAUUAUGUACCUGAAGAAACUAUAGACUUUAUGCCACAUGAUAGGUGAAGAUAAGACAUUUAGAUACAUCAUCAAUCAGCUGAUGCUAUGUAGCAGCUGUCAACAGGUGUCCGAACUGUGUUAACCUUGAAUUAUUUAAGCUACAUGUGCUUUUCUAGGUGCUAAGUAAUUUAACCACAUGAUGCUGGUGUUGUCAUGAUGUAUGUACCAUGUCCAAUUGCUACUUUAGUUUAUUAACCUGUAGCCGACGGAUGGCAUGUAUGUACAUGCCAUGGCUGUUGUGGACCGAAACACGGAUGGCAUCAUAUCAUGCCCAUUCCUGUGCCACUGGUUCGUCGCUAGUUAUGAAUUCAGCAGUAUUUGGUAGGGAAUAUCUAAGCGUAAAUAUUGGGGAAAGAAUCUUGAAUGUCAUUUACGAUAUGUUGGUGAUAAGGUAGAUGCUCUCCUAAAAUUGGGAGUAGGCAUUAUUUGAAUAUUUACUUUGGCAGGAAUGACCAUAAGACUUCCAUCAUGGCUCAGGAAGUCAGAGAAGCAAAGCGCAAUAAACGAAUAAGGAGCCAAACAAGGAAAGUCAUAAUGAAUGUCUACAAUUAUUUCCGACAUCAAGAUGAGCGAGAAAGUGAGACUGAUGUGGACCUAAGGAUUGCCGCUGCAACAGGAAUCUCUGUCCGGUCCUUUCAUUCGAUAAAACAACAGUACAGAUGUGGUGUGAUUAAAUCUCCACCCCCAAGGUCCAGGAUAUCCCCAGUAUUGGGAUCUUUAGAUGACCUUGCCAAAGACUCUAUACGACAGGAGAUAUUCUCAUUCUAUGAGAAGGGUGAACGUCCGACAGUAGAAGCUCUGCUGAUAAGGGUGAGGAAGCCACCUGUGAGCUUCUCUGGGGCAUAUUCCUCACUUUAUAAGGUUGUGAAGCAACUCGGAUUCCGUUAUAGGAGAGUAGAAGGUGGCGGAUACAUUUUAAUGGAGAGAAGUGAUGUUGCUGCUGCAAGAAAUAAAUACCUGAGACUCCUUGAUGAAAAUCGAAGAUCCAGUAGCCCAAGGCCAGAAAUAUAUAUGGAUGAAACGUGGUUGAAUGAAACCGAGUUCUUGGUCAGAGAUAUGGGAUUGACUAAGAAAUCUGCAGGGCGAAAAGGAAAAACCAGGAAAGGGGCUAGAUAUUUUAUAGUGCAUGCAGGUGGUGAAGAUGGCUUUGUACAAGGGGCUUUAUUAUUUCAGUCAAUAAAUGGUUACAAGAAGCAUUAUGAUGAUAUAAAUGACACAUGCUUCCAUUCUUGGUUCCAGACACAGUUGCUCCCAAACAUUCCACCUCAUAGUCUCAUAGUUAUGGAUAAUGCAUGGUACCAUUCCAAGAUUUUGAACAAAGCACCGAACGUCAAUUCCAAGAAAUGUGAAAUAAUCCAGUGGCUAACAGAAUUGGACAUAGCUCAUGACUGUUCUUAUACAAAAUUUGAACUUCUCAAUCUUGCCAAUGCCCAUAAAGACAAGCUCGUGUAUGAAAUUGAUCAAAUAGCCUGUGAUGCUGGCCAUGAAGUACUCAGACUUCCCGCUUAUUACUACCACUUUAAUCCCAUGGAAAGGAUUUGGGCUCGGGUGAAGAAAGAAGUGCAAAAGAGCAUUUCAAAUACUGAAGACCAUACAGUUGAGAGGUUUUACGAAACAAUAAAAUGUGCAAUAGACGGUAUAACCACAGAAGACUGGAGGAAAUCUCUACGUCACAUGAGACAUAUGGAAGAGAAAUUUAGAAUUAAGGAGAGAGCAUUUGAGAAGCUAAUAGAAAAUAUUGUGAUAAGCCAGGAUGUUGAUAGUAGUGAAUCAGAUAAUGAUGAAUGAGUUAAUUACAAUUUUUAUCUACAUAGUAAAUAAUUGGCAUAAAGUUCGUUCAUAGCCACAUUCACCAGAAAAAUGCAUACAGUGCUGCCAGAAUCAUAGAGAGAAAGGAAAAAGUAUGUUUCCCAUGCUUUUAUUUUUUCCAUUGAAUGACUGACCGUAUGUGGUGUGUUGUACAGCAUGAUGCCUAAACAAAUGUUUACAUUAUUGGGAGCAGGAGGUUUGACAUGGCAACACUGACCCAAGUAGUCUGUGGUGCUAUGCUGUUAACCCAUUAGCGACAGGUGUCCCACAUAUGAGACUCGAAAAAAUAAACAUUGUUGAGAGUCCGCCAGUGUGACGCUGUAUCGGGGCUUGUGCUCCGAUGCAGCAGCGGGCCACGGCCGGUGGGUGGACAGACUCUAGGGAAGCUCCGCCCGCUGAUUUUGUAGCCUCCCGGAAUAUUUUAUUUUUGGCUUCCAAAUAUACCGGCGUGAAUGGGUUAGCAGGUGUCAUUGGCGCUAUUCCCCAGAGUAUUCUAUGUCUACUACUUGUAUAUAUGUAUAGGGUAUUGGCAGGUACCCAAUGAUAUGGAAUAUGUGUAGCCCAUACAAACCAGUUUAAUGUGCACUGUACUCCUCUUGAUAUCAUUUGUGAUAUAUUUUCUAACAUUUUGAACAUCCCCUUAAAGGUGCUAAUGCCAUAAAAUCAAAUAUAUUUUUAUAUUGCCAAUUUUUGUCUUAAUCAUCUAGAAGAAAUUGUGUGAUAGUUACCUUAGACACUUGUCUACUUUUACUUCUUAACCCAUUUAUGACGGGUGUCCCGCAUAUGAGACACCCGGAAAAAUAAACAUUGUUCUUGAAUGUUGGAAAUUUCAUGAAUCUCCUCAGUGCAGAUGGCAUGUAAUAAGGCCAUAGCCACCUUUAGCGAAAUCAUUAAUCAUAUUCAUGUUUCACCCAUAUGCUGCAGUGAGGACAUGCUAUUGGCAGAAGUAUUUCCAAACAUUGUUUUAUUUUUGUUAUUAAAGUAUGAGGGAGUUGGCAAAUAACUACGACAAAGUACUAAACACCAAAGUACUAAACUUGCGAGUCCAACUUGCACAGACAUAUAAUGCAUAAUAGUUAGCAUGACUAAAGUUUAGGAGUACCUUGGUGGAUGGGUAUUACUUCUACCGGGUAUAGAUUUGGUAUUAAUUGUUAGUCUACACAUUAGAAAAAAUGUCUUGUACUGUUUUGCCAUAUGACAAAAUAUUUUAUGAUGUUUUAGAUAAAGAUAAUGACAGUAAAUGAUUGUUUAUCAUGAAGAAUGGAUUUUUGAGUUGAAUAGCUGGAUAAGUGACUAUUUCUGUGACAAGGUUUAUAUGUAUGUAAUAUGUAUAGCAAUAAUCACAAAUCUUGAAAAAUGAGUGCCAGUGUCAUUCAGCCUGAUCACUCUAGCUGAUCUUGGGGGACUUUCAUUUCUCUUCUCUACUAAUCUAGGAAGAAAUAAGAUAAAAAAAGAUGGACUCAUUAACUUGUUGUUUGUUAUCUGAAGUAGAAAUAAUUGUGGAGAUGCUAUUCGAAGUGGUUAAAAAUCGAAAUGUUUGUUGAAAUUUUAAUAAUUCAUGAUGCAGUAUGACACUCCCUAUGCCACAUUGUUUUAGUUUAGAACUUUCAAAACCUGGCAGGUCACACAAGAUGAAAAAUGUAGAAUUACAAAAAACUAAUACUGGUAGCUGGUAUUAGGUAAUAUAUCUGGGAAGAAUACUGGUAUGGCUCUGUUAUAACAAAAACAGAACUGAGCCAUAUUAAUUGUUACUCUGCAUUAUCUCAUUCUGGGGAGAAAUGUGAUUUCUGAAAGGAGUCGAGAAACUAAGUAGAGAAUCUAAAUAUUAUCAAUAUGAUGAAGUCUUACAAUUAAUAGUAGUUUUGUAUUUGAUGUACUGUAUCAGAGUAUUAUAAUGCAUGCCAUUUUAAAGGCUUCCAAAUCAUUACGUUAAAUACAAAGCAAAUCAAAAGAAUUUUAUUAGGGUGUCUGCUUCAGUUUUUGGUUGAAGCUAGCUCUUCAUUUUCAUUUUUAUUUCUAGACUGAUUAGCAAUCAACUUUCUUUCGCUUGGUUUGUGUAGACGGUUAGAAGGAAUAUCUGACAUUUAUCAUUAAUGUUUUUUGGGGGGUGAUGGGGACUUAUCAUUUUGGAGUGAAAAGAGAGUUGAUGGUAUUUAGUAUUUAGGUGUAUGUCUAUUGUUGAAUGAUUUUUACCUUCUUAAAGAAUAA